AUGGCUCAAAAAAGAAAAACAAAGCUAUCCAAAAAAUUCAGUCUUUCAAAUUCUGUAAAUGAAGAUGAUGGUAGUAGAGAAAAUGUAGUAUCUGUUUCUAAGCGAAAGAAACAAGAAGUUUUGGACAUUUCUAAUAAUAAUACUGAUAAUCCGCAAGUUCUCCUUCAUUGUUACUCGACAAGUGCAUCAACGUCGACAAUUGCUGAUUUAUCAAGUGCUUCAAUAUCUACAAUUACUGACAAUGAGAUACCUGCAGAACAUGAUUCAUUUCAUUUUAUUGAAGACACUGGAGCACAGUGUUCUUUGACUCGCGAAGCUAAACCUAUUGAAUAUUUCGAUCUAUUUUUCGAUUCAUCCCUUUUAACAUUGAUGGUACGCGAAACCAAUAGGUACGCAGAUGAAUUAUUACAAUUACGUGAAACAGACCGAAGAUCUAGAAUGACAAUGUGGAAACCAAUUACUGCACUAGAAAUGAAAGCAUUUAUAGCAGUUUUAUUAGAAAUGGGUAUAACGAAACGACCAACAAUAUUUUCAUAUUGGGCCGAAAAUUCAAGAAACAUACCUUGGUUUUCAAAAAUGUUUUCGCGGAAUAGAUUCCAGCUUAUUUUAAGAUUUUUCCACUUGGUAAAUAAUAAAGAAUGCUUCCCACCGGAACAUGAAAAAUAUGAUCCAUGCGCAAAAUUUAUUCCUAUCGUUGAACACGCGAAUAGAAUAUUUAAAUUGUACUACAAGCCACGUAAAGAAUUAUCCAUUGAGGAAUCUUUGAUAGGGACUAUUUGCCAUUCGAGCAUCACUCGUCAGCAUUUACCGAAUGAUAAGGACCAAUGGGAUAUAAAAUUUUGGAUGCUUUGUGAUGCGUCAUCCAAGUAUUGCCUACAUCUUUAUUGCUACCGGAAUGCAAAAACUGAUAAUACUAAAUCACAAAAACGUGAACUUGGACAUGAUAUUAUUGUAAAUUUAUUAGAGCAAUGCGGUUAUCUAAAUAAGGGAUAUCAUGUAUUUGUCGGAAAUUAUUUCAGUAGUAUUGCUUUAGCUAAAUAUUUAUAUUCCAAAGAAUGUGAAUGGAUGCAAGAAAGGAAACAACAACUUAUCAAUACUGAUAAAAGAACAUUUGGUUUAAUGAAAUUACCGGGACGAAAUUUAAGACAAUGCGUGGUUUGUAGCAAUAAAGAUAAUGGUAUAAAAAGAUCAAAUUUAAUUUGUGUACAGUGCAAGAAAGGGAUUCACCCAUUAUGUCUUGAUAAGCAUAUAUGUUUCAAAAGUAAUAGUAAAUGUUAA